AUGUUUGGCCUCGGCGCAGCCGAGCAAGCUGCAUUUGCAUUUGGAAUUGUCCUGAUCCUGCCUGUCCUUGCCGAGCGAACCUACACGACCUUGGACCUCGUGGAGCCUUUUCCCACGCAUUGCGACGAGCCACUGACGUUGCAAGGACACUACCGCUCAUCGACUGGCAGAACAAUCUUUCGCAGAAGAUGUUUCAUUGAAGCUCACGAUGCAGUUGUGGAGCUUCACGACACGGUUCUGGUGGUGAAAGAGGCAUUGUCGUUGAAAGGCAAUUUGACCUUCAUAGCGACCACACCGAUCAUGGGAACGUGUGUGACAUUGGAUGGUCCGUUGACAAUAACAGAUGGCAGCUUGACGAUCUUGGGCUGCAACAACACUGAUGACACAGGAGGACCUCAAGGAGGUGCCUUGUUUGUCAAGCACAAGGUGAACCUCACUCGAGCACAGCUCGUAAUUCGAAACUCUACACUCCCCCGCCUCAUACCGGAGAUGAGGCGAAAGGCAGCAACGACGACAACACCGAACCCCAGCUUCUUCCCGAAAGUGCGGAAGAACAGGAACAGGAACUACAUGACAAGCGCAAGUCAAGGUGGCUGCGCUUAUUUCGCAGAAUCGUUGGAGCUGCACCAGGCUUCUGCGGUCUUUGAAGAUUGCCAGGCAGAUGUGGGAGGCUGUGUGAGGAUUUCUCGCGAUAUCGUCAUGGAUGAGUCGGAGCUGCGCUUCCGAAGCUGCAGCGCAGAGCGUGGAGGAGCCUUAUUCAUGGGGGAACAUGCCCCGUCUUGGAAUGCGCCUCCGGGCACUGACGGCAGUUCGCUGCUGCAGCAAGCAAGAUCGGGCAAAGGCAAAGCAUCGUGGACUACCACGCCACGUGCAGCUCGCAAGACGGUCUUCCGCUCGACAGGCGGCAAUGUCUCGAUGCAGGGAUGUGAGGCUGCCAGCGAUGGUGCUGGCAUCUUCGUCUACCAGGGCAACUUGCAGAGUAAUGCCACUGACAUGCUCUUUGAAAACUGCUCCAGUGGCGCUUUCGGAGGUGCCAUCUUUGCGGGGGGAUCGAUCCUCAGGCAGAUAUCUGGUUCCAUCCAGUUUCGUCAGAACAAGGCUGUUCGGGGCGGCAGCCUCUAUGUCCGAAAGCUAAAGCAGGUCGGGGGAAGCAUGAGCUUCUUUAACUCUACCGCUGAGAAGACUGGUGGCGCCAUACAGACAGAAGGGUACAAGGGGUCCGGCCAGCUCUUGUUCCAGGCAUGCACGGCCGGCAGCUUGGGCGGUGCUAUCCAAAUUUUUUCCAAAGAGGCUGCAGACGAGAACAGCAUCAGUUCGAGCGGCCUCAUCCGCUGCUCCGAAACCUAUGGCUUGAUGGGUGGAUGUGUGGCGUCCAUCGGCCGUGGGAGUGUUGAGCUGAACGAGUUCGAGCUGCACCACGCGGCCAGCCAGGUGCUUGGGAAUCUGGCUUAUGUGCGCGGUGCUUUUGGCGCCACGCGGAUCUCCGUGGACGAUUCUGUGAUUCGGAUCGAUGCCGCUGUCGUGGGGCUGAACAGCUCCAGAGUCGACUAUUUGGAUUGUUCUGAGACACCAGCAUGCCAUCUGCGCGCGUUGAACCUCACGAUGGGCCCCGCCAAAUGUGCUCCCGGUAGUGGAGUUGGCAGCAAGCUUGCGGCCGGUGAAGCCUUCCGUGGAUGUUUCCGAUGUGAGGAUGGCCAGGCGCAGCUCAAAACGGAAACGAAUGUCACCUGCCAGAAGUGCCCAUUCGAGGCGGCUAUAUGCGACCCAAAUAUGACCCAGCUGGAGCAUGGGGUGAUGGCCAACCCUGACAACUUCAGCCGCAUUUUGCAUUGUCCAAAUGCACAGUCUUGCCCGGGUGGGCGGCUACCUGCGACACCCGAGUACCCCAUGUGCGAAGUGGGCUAUGAAGGCGAUGGAUGUGCGAACUGCAACUCAACUUUUGGCCGCUCCGAUUCUUCCGUACUCGUUUGCGUGAAGUGCGCGAACGGAUGGUUUGAAGAAGGUUUGCAGCUCACCUACUUUCUCCUCAGUGACACGCUUUUGUUGGCUGUGGCGACUUCAUCGGUUCUCGGAGCAUCUGCUACGAGGCAAGACAGUGGUGUCCUGCUGAACCAGCUCCUUUCCUUUGCGACGGUCACACAGACGGUCCUGAGUGCUAUGGUGCAGACAGCAGCCUACAAGAUGCUCUCUUCCAGUUUGAGAUCUUGCCUGGACGCCUCCAGUUUCAUCAGCGGCAUGGCCCAGGGGGAGAGUUCUUGGACCAUGUCGAGAGAAUGCCUACUGGCCUCGCUGGGCCUGCCGAAGACGGUUUGGCAUGUCCAUUUGCUCGGCAGUCUCUUGCAGGGCCUGCUCUUGGUUGUUCUCAUCUGCCUGCAGGGCUUUUGGUUCGCCUUCGUGGUCUGGACCAACUGCUUUGCACCCUCCAUUGCAGCGUCUUUCGGAAGGUAUCUGGUGGGAUACCGUCUGGAGCCCGAAAGUGUCGGUGGUGUGCUGCAUUAUCCUUUCCUGCCGCCGAUCCCACAUGCGAAGGAAACUGUCUUGAGCGUGCUCGGUCUGUCGUUUCUGCUCACCGCUGGGGGAUGGUGGAUGGCAUCCAACUCCAAGCGCUCUCCGGCUCCCGACUAUGUGGUGUUCUUGGUGCGGAACUACAAGCUUCAGUACCGCAACUGGGAGAUUGAGCGGCUGGUGCGGAAGAUGCUGUUGCGUCUUGUGACUGCGGCACUACCAAUCUCCUAUUCCCCGGCUUUACAGAUGUGGUGUGUUUGCCUCAUCCUAUCUGCCUCCCUGAUGUCGUACAGCCUCCAGCAGCCGUAUCUCGAGAAAACUUGGAAUCAGGUGGAGACAACGCUUCUGUCGAUUGCGCUUGUGCUGGCAUUCUCAGCGAGUGCCGUUCUGGCAAAUGAGAAGCACUGGGGGAGUUCUUUCGACACGCAAGUGUUUGUCCUGCUGGCGAUGGCUGUGUUGGCCACGGGCACCACACUCACGCUGUCGGCCUUCGUGGCAAAGCGGCUCUACGAGGAGUCUG